AUGCCAAAGGCAACGCUACACUUCUACAAGCUGUACCUCAGCAGUUUGCGAUGUGCGGAUCGUGCGUUAGCUGAUCGUCCCGGCGAUAUGGGACAACCCGUGCGAAUAGAACUGACGAACGAGACGCAAAUGCUGGUGAGUGAAGGAUUGCGCACUCUGGGCUACAACCAAUACGCUUCCGAUCUAAUGUCCCUUCGGCGACGCCUGCCGGACUUACGGGCUCCGUGGUGUAGAAAACAAACUCCACUCCCCGCUAAUUUACCACCAACAUCCAUCGUGAUCGUGUUCUACAACGAGGCCUGGUCUGUGCUGUUGCGUACGGUACACUCGAUACUCGAUCGUACGCCCGACCGCUUGAUCGAGGAAAUUGUGCUAGUGGACGAUUUCUCAACCGCCGGUCAUUUGAAAACUCGUCUGGAUGAGUAUUUCAUGAGCAAUCCCAAAGUGCGCAUCUUGCGCGCCGAUCGAAGGUUGGGAUUGAUAUCGGCCAAAGUGCUGGGCGCGAAAGCAAGCACGGCCAGCGUUAUCACCUUUCUGGAUGCACACGUUGAGUGUACGGAAGGAUGGUUAGAGCCGUUGCUGAGUGAGGUGGCCAGUAACUUGACCACCAUUGCCAUCCCGACGAUCGAUCGAAUCGAUUGCUACACAAUGCAGCUGGACAAGGAUAGUGCUCCGGCGCUGAUCGGAGCCUAUCAGUGGGAUCUUAAUUUCGGGUGGUGGCAUCGCACUGCUAUGCACAAGCAGUACCCCCAUCGGUACGUUCCGUUCGACACACCCGCCAUGGCAGGGGGACUGUUUGUCAUCGAUCGUCGCUUCUUCCGACGGCUCGGUUGGUACGACGAAGGGUUCGAAAUGUACGGCAUCGAAAACAUCGAACUGUCGAUCAAGAGCUGGAUGUGCGGUGGCCGAAUGGUUAUUGUGCCCUGUUCUCGCGUUGCACACAUCGAGAAGGCUUCCCACCCGUACCUGAACAACGUCGGGAAAGAUAUAAUCUUCAAGAACUCGGUCCGGCUGGCCGAAGUGUGGAUGGACGAGUACAAACAGGUGAUGUACGACGUGUACGGUAUUCCCCGUUACUUCGAGAGCAUUUUCGGUUCGAUCGAGGAUCGAAAGGUGCUGCGACAGCACGCGGCGUGCGGUACGUUUCGUGGUUACAUCGAAACGGUUUUCCCGGAGAUGAUGAACCCGUUUGUGACGGGUGCUUUUCGCGGCGAAGUACGCAAUGCCGCACUGCCUCACAAUCGCUGUUUGACACGCGUGUGGGCUACCGGCCAGCUUACGAUGGACGUUUGCGAUGGAGCAGAACAACAGCAAUAUUGGACGCACAACUUUUAUCACGAGCUAAACAACUACUCCUUUUGCCUGGAGGUUGCAGACGGAAAGCGUACGCGAUCGGCGGUGCGCGUGAAACGGUGCCAUCGGGAAGAACUAAUGGGCAACCAACGAUGGCAGCACUUGGUUACGACCGGACAGAUAAGAAGCGAAAAGAACGGUCAAUGUCUUGCAGUAACAAAAGGCAAUCCGGUGAUUAUUACUUUGCAACCUUGCGACUCUUCGAGGAGCAAUCAAAAAUGGAUUGUCAAGUUCGUUAAGCUGGACGUGUCGGUAUUCCGGCACCACUAA